GCUAUAAAGAAACCUCUUUCCGACCCCAUAAUGGUUCCGUCUAAAGAUGGCGGAGUACGUUAAUAUUGUUCGAAGGGCUUUUGGACAACUAGGAGGUCACGGUGGAGUUAGAGGGUUUCUUCUUCAACUCUUUAGAGUAAACGAUGUGAAGACGGGGACGCUGAUUGGCGUGGAUAAAUAUGGGAAUAAAUACUACGAGGACAAGAAGCACUAUUUCUUUGGACGACAUCGCUGGGUGAUCUACACCACAGAGAUGAACGGAAAGAACACUUUAUGGGAGGUGGACGGCAGCAUGGUGCCCGCGGAAUGGCAUCGCUGGCUCCACUCCAUCACGGACGACCCCCCCACCACACACCCUCCAGAGCCCAAGAAGUUCCUGGCCGAGGUGCACCAGUUCAACGUGAGUGGCAGCCCGCAGCAGUACGUGCCCUACCCCACCACCCGCAAGAAGAUCCACGAGUGGGUGCCGCCGAAAGCCGGAGCUCAGUGAGCUCGUGUAACUGAUGUUCUCUGUGCUGCUCAAUAAAACCUCUGUAUGUACAUUUACAA